CCACCACAACACACCCACAAUCCAUUGAUUACUACCUCCACCUCCUUCGACUACUCCAUCACCCACUCGACAAUCCAAAUCGAUCAACUCAUCACCAAAAUGCCUCCCAAGAAAGUCACCACCGCUGCGCCCAAGAAGGCUGCCGCCGCCACUGGCAACCCCUCCUACCAAGACAUGAUCAAGGAGGCCAUCAUCAGCCUCAAGGAGCGAUCAGGUUCCAGCCGUCAAGCACUCAAGAAAUACGUUCAGGCCAACAACAGCCACCUCGCCGGCGUCACCGAUGCUUCCUUCACCAGCAACUUCAACAAGGCGCUCACCAAGGGUGCUGAGACCGGUGUUUUCGACCGCCCAAAGGGUCCAUCCGGCCCAGUGAAGCUUGCUGGAGGCGCCAAGAAGGCUGCGGAGCCCAAGCCUAAGACUGCUAAGGCUCCCGCUGCUGCUAAGAAGGCCACCACCGCCGCGAAGCCUGCCGCCGCCAAGAAGACCACCGCCGCGAAGAAGGCUCCUGCGGCCAAGAAGACUGCUGCUGCCAAGAAGGCUCCCGCCGCGAAGAAGACUGCCACCAAGACCGCCACCAAGAGCAAGGCCAACACCAGCAAGGUCCGCAAGACCCCCGCCGCCGCCCCAGCUGUCGUUGAGAAGGCUCCCGUCGUCCUCGGAAAGACCAAGUCCGGCCGCGUCACCAAGUCAAGCGCACCUCAAGCACCAGCCAAGAAGGCCGCCGCCAAGAAGACGACCGCGAAGAAGCCCGCGGUAAAGAAGGCCGCCACUCCCAAGAAGGCAUAGACGUGCUGUUGUCUUUUGCUUCUUUUCUGUUCUGUUCAUAUUAUGACGAGCGACCUUGAGUGUUGAGGAUGCUGUCCGCUCCGACAAACGGCGUACGGCGUCAAAACGAGGUCGACUGGGCGAAGUGUGCGCGUGUGUGUGAUACCAAAUGGGUUUUGCGGGAUGUUUCGAAAGACUUCCACCUCGUUGUGUCGAUGGUCCCAACGAGAGAGGAGUGUGGCUGGUGAUCCGGAAAAACGGGCCAAUUUGGAAUUGGUCUGUCGUGUGUGUUUGUUGUUCAGUGUUUUCUUACUGGUGUUAGCGAGGACCGGCGUUCACAACUGGGCUAUGAGAGAUGUCUACUAUGGAGGGUUUUCACAGAGAGUACAUAGCCUCGACAUGAAUUCGAU